UGUGUUAAAACUUUCUACAUUUCCUAGCCGUACCAUGCAGAGCUAAAACGUUAUCACACUCUAGGUCAGAGCUUCGAACUCUCUUAUCUUUGCUCUUUACCUCUGAAUCAAGGAUAGAAUGUAAGGAAUUUGGGUGAUAUAAACUCUUCUAGUUAUUCCACGACUGUAACUUUUGGGCUACAUCCCGACAGAGGAAUUUAUGUAAAUGAAUCAAUUGAUCGUUUGUUUUACGAAAAAGGCUUGAAUUUGUGCGUUUAUCAUAUGUACCAUCGGUGGUUAAGGAUUAUAGUCCAAAAGUACAGUUCGUGCGUUCACUGACCUCUUGCUCUGUCGAUGCUGCCUUAUCAGUUGUGAUGCAGUAAAAUCAACAAGAAGGCAAACUACCGCUAUGAAAUUUCUCUCGAUAUUUUGGCUGAUGGUGACAGCUAGUUCUCUUGCUUCUUCUGUUGAUACACAAGAAACUUACCUGCGGGGUUGUCUUAGUGCAAGUGCAUGCGAGGCUCAUUCAUGCAAGGCUCGUGGCGAUGAUACCUGUGAAGUGUCUUGCUGUGCGGAAGAUUAUUGCAACAAAUCUACCACUCAGAUGGUCAGCGGUACUAUGGUAUUCAUACUUUCAGCCCUUGCUGUUCUAAUAGGGCAAAUGUUUUACUGAAGAAAACAUGUGACUUUUAUA